AUGAUUGCAAUAACUGGAACUACUUUACUUUCAUACGAUGAAAAUCAAAACUUUUUCUUGGCUGUUGUCAAUCAAAACUUUCUUGUAUCUGAUAUAAGUACAAUUGUUUUGCCGUCUUGGCUCUUACUUUGGGCUAAUGGAGAGACAAGAAAAAAUUUAUUUGGAAAAAUUAUUGCGGCAAAAAAUAUUUUGACAAAUGUAAAUACAAUCCAAACAAAUAGCAUGUAUGGUUAA